AAUUGUCGCGGUUGCAUCAAUCCAAAUUCCAGAAUUCAAAGUGAGCGCCGUGGUGUAUUGUUGGUGGCCUGUUUUAUCAUUGCAUUCAACUGGUAUCGUUUGACAGUUAUUCAGUGUAUGCAAAUCAAACAUGGCAAACUACACAGAGGACCAGAUGGCCGAGUUCCAAGAGGCCUUCCAACUGUUCGACAACAGGGGCGAUGGCAAAAUCCACGUGUCGCAAAUCGGGGACGCGCUAAGGGCCUUGGGGCAAAACCCCACAGAGUCCGACGUGAAAAAAUACACCCAUCAACAUAAGCCCGACGAGAGGGUUUCUUUCGAAGUUUUCUUGCCCAUCUACCAACAGAUUUCUAAGUCAAGGAGCGCCGACACGGCUGAUGAUUUUAUUGAGGGGCUUCGCCACUUCGAUAAGGACGGAAAUGGGUACAUUAGUUCAGCGGAGUUGCGACACCUGCUUACCACCCUUGGGGAGAAACUGACUGAUGACGAGGUUGAGCAGCUGCUGCAAGGGCAAGAGGAUUCACAGGGAAAUGUUAACUAUGAAGAGUUUGUUAAGUUGAUUAUGUCCGGAUAAUCGGUUGGAGUCCAGGGUAGAUCUUUUGGGGUGCAUUUAAACUAAUUUAUUUAUAGCCAUAUUUUAACUUUGAUGACUUUUCUGUUUUAUAGUGCCUUCAUUCCAAUUUUAUUAUAGUAUAGAGGCAUUUUAUUAGUCAUUGUACUUAUAGGUCCAAUAUUUGUAAUAAUUUACCCAUUUUUCACUGAGGUUGUUAAGAGCAUGUGAGUUCAUAAUAACCAAUAAAAGUAUAUAAUACACAUAA